CAAAUCCCCCAUAUCGUACGUUGUUUUCAUAAAAGUGCUUUUCUUGAAAAACCGUACUGAGAAGAGAAAAAGAUAAAUAUUUACCACUAAUCAAAUAUUCAUUAAAUAGUGACCUGAAUCAGAAAGAAAAUAUGUAUCUAUAAUUUGAGGUUAUUAAUUUAGGAAUAAACUGUAAUAUUUGUGAAAAAUGGCGAAGUGGUUCAUCGUGAGACGUUUAGAAAUGUAAAGAAGCUACAAAUCAAUUGAAAACAAACUCCAUAUGUUUUCUGAAAAUUCGAUUGAGUAUCGAGUUUCAAUCAGCCAGAUGCAUAAUACUUGCUAAUGAUGCUUGGGAGUACGUCCAAAUAUUAAUUUAAAUUCCAAAUACAAUGUCCAGAGGUUAUGGUAAAUAUCGUCGGGGGGCUCACUCCCAUGCUAGUUUUCACUUUGAUAACAUCUUUAAAGAAAACAGCAAUAAGCCUUCUGCUGCAAGAUCAGCUGCUACUGUAGGGAAAUGGGGAAUAACGUCUUUCACUUCCAUUCGUACAGUUAAUGGAUUUGGUCAAAGGGAGCCUGAUAAAUCCCCUACUGUGGAAAGUGCCCCAAAGCCUAAAAAAUUUUUUAAAAGUAGGAAUGCAGAUACUUCAGAUGCAAAACAACCUGUUAGUAGGCAUUCAGAUCCUGAUUAUGAGCAUCCACCUUUGAAAAAGUUGAAACCAACUAAUGAACACACUGAAAAACCAACUAAAACUUCAGUAAGAAAGUUUUUCUCAUCAAAACACAAUUCAGAUAAGACUGUUCUAAGCUCUAAUGUAAAUAAUUCCAAAGCUAACAAUGAUAGUAAGCCUCCAAUCGUUUUGAGGAUAUUUAGAGGUAAAUCUCAACUGCUUAGUGAUACUGAAGAAUCGGAAACUACAUCUAUACCAAGUUCUACAUCAAAUGCUACCUCACCCAGAGCCUUAAGAGACCUUUCUCAACCUCAGGUUCAAAGAUCUCCUAAUUGUCGCAUCACUAGGUCUGCAAGAAGGAGUAUGCAACAGGACAGUCCUAACACUGCUGAUACACCCGGUGAAUUUUCUCUCUUUAUGUCACCUAAAGAUGAUGUGGAACUAUCGCCAAAGUAUAUUCCCGCAGAAAAGUAUGAGGCUGAGAGGCGAGCUCUGUACGAUAAUUUAUUGAAUUCCAGUGUACCAGUCUCCAAGGAAAAUGAGAGUUUAAAUGAUGAAAUCCCAGAAGAACUUCAAUCACAUAGUAACAAUGCAGAAAGCAUGGAAAAUGCUUCUUUAGAAAAUGAAAAUUCAUUACCAGAAGAACCUCAAAAUCUGGAAAAACCAGAAGAAAAAAAUAAAAGCCUUGAAAUGAAUAGUCAAGAAUCGGAAAAUAAUAAUUAUAGUGUACCAGAAGAAAUUAAACUUGAUGUUCCAAUAGAAGAAGUUCCAAUAGAAGAAGCUCCAAUAGAAGAAGAACCUAAACCUUAUCAUGUUUCAACCAUAUCCAAAGACUGGCUCAGUGAUUCAGAUAGUAAUAGCAAUAGUACUGGUCCCGAUUUAGAAAAACCCUCAGAGAAAUCAGAUGUUCUAGAAAAUCCUGUCUAUGAAGCCACGCCUGUACCUCCAGAAAGUUCUAAUAAUGGUGAUGAGGCUUCUGCGCCUCCGGUGAAAUUGGUGAUUUCGAAGAAAAAAGGUAGUAUUUUCAAGAGCAGAGCUCUUGUGUCAGAUGGUACAAAGAAAAGAAGAGCAUUGUAUAAGCACAAGUGGAGCGAUGAUAAAGAUGGAACACCAAAAGCUCAAGAAACCGCCGUGAAUAAUGUGAUACCAGAUGAAUUUUCUUUUGACGAUAUUACAGUUAAGGAGAAAACACAGGACAGCAAAUCAUUGGAAUUUGAAGAUGUCAAAAGUGACAAAGCUUAUACUAGAGUUAAGAAUGUGAAAAAAGCACAUCAAAUACAAGAAAUAGGAGAAUUUCAAGAGUUCAAUGAUGAUGUUGAAUAUAUAUUGGAUACCCUGCAAGAUAACAAUCCUAUCAGCACAAGAUGCCUUUCUGCAAUAUCAUUGGCAUCCAAAUGCAUGGCACCAGCAUUUAGAAUGCACGUUAGGGCUCAUGGGACAGUUACAAAAUUUUUCAAAGCCCUUCACGACGCUACCAAAGAUCAGAGCUUGGGGCUUUGUACAGCAACAGUAAUGUUUGUUUUGAGUCAAGAUCGGCUCAAUAUGGAUCUUGACCGAGAUUGUCUUGAACUCAUGUUAAACCUUCUUGAUUCAGAUGUUAGUUAUCAGCAAGCACUGGACGUGAGUGGAUUGAGCUCAAGCCAAUUAGAAAAGAAUAAACAACGGGUUAGGGAGCUCUGUGCAGAAAUUCAAAGCCAAGGACAUGCUAUGCAUUUGAAUUUAGACAUGAUAACGGUUGGUCAGUUGGCUAUGGAAACCCUGCUAAGUUUAACAUCUAAGCGGGCUGGUGAAUGGUUCAAAGAAGAACUCAGGGAGCUAGGAGGAUUGGAACAUAUUAUGAAGACAAUAUGUGAAUGCUGUCGUCAGGUAUCAGAUUAUGUGGUAUCAUGGACGGAUGUCCUUCUCGACAAAUUAAGAAAAAUAGAUAGAUGUUUGAGGGUCUUAGAAAAUGUUACGCAUAAUAAUGAGGAGAACCAAUUGUACCUGUUAAAAUAUAGUGAUGGGGUUAUGUUGGACACAUUAGUGAAUUUAUAUAAGCUUUGUGAUAGGGAAAUUCCGUUAUAUCCAGUGACAGACAUAAGUGAUAAAGAAUCUACGGGAACCAUUAUCAGAGAAGCACUGUUAGUAACUUUGAAAUUGUUCAUCAACUUAACCCAUCAUUUCAACCCAAAAUCUAUUGGCGGCUGUUUGAUUGGAGCUCGAGUAGGAAUAAUAGAUACAAGUUUGCAUCUUCUUCUACAAGUGCCCCUUUAUAUACCAGAGCAGAAAAAGUUCGAGUUGGGUGUUUUGGUACUUAUGUUUUUAAUUAAUCUAAUUCAGGACAAUGAAGCCAACCAAAAAUUACUUCUUGAAGCGAAAGCACCUCCACAAUCAGAAAGUAUUUAUUCCAGAGAAGAAAGUGCUGUUGAAGCUUUGAUCAAACAAUUUUAUCAUUGGGAGGGAUGUGCAAAAAUUGCAGAAAAAAGAACAAAUGCUAUUUUAGAUGGGGAAAAAGAUACUGAAAGCGAAAAGACUCAAUAUAAGAGUAAUGAGGAAUUCAUUGAAGAAACUGUGGCAAAAUUGCUCCAAAAGGCUGGUACUCACAUGGAGUUUACAUUCCUAGCAUCCUAUAUUGUUAUGCUGAUUGGGUUCUUGAUCAUGCAGAAUGAAAUGUACCAAAACAAUGUGCGAUUCUUCUUGAAGGGAAAUAAUUUUGUAGAUAUGGUGGAUAUUUUGAAGAAAUUCUUCAAUUUUAUGAAGAUGACUGCAUCGACUGAGGCUUCCAGUGUUUGUGCUAUCAAGACGACAGAAAAAAUUAUAAAAUUUUUGGAGGAAUGUGAUAAAGAGUCUUCUUAAAAGGAAAUGAAAUGAGGGAAUUCAGACAAUUAGCACAAAAAUCUUCACUUUUCAAUUGUACAUAAUAAAUUUGGUUUACAUCACACAGCCUCAUUGUUUCAGAGAUUUAUUAAGGUUAGAUUGAAAAAUGGGUAAUAACUAUUUUACUGUAUAUUAUUUUGAAGAAAUCGGGUAAAGUUUUUAUAAUUCUGAUGAGAGUGUUUCGUUUCGCACCCAUUUUAGGAUUUUAAAUGACCAGAAAAUUAUGUAUAUGUAAUCAGAAAACGUUGCAGAAAAUAUUUCUUAAAUCAGUACUACAAACAUAUUUUUUUGUAAUUACUUUCUUACAUCUAAGAACCCUAAGAAAGUGACUGAAGAUAAAUUUCUUGAAAAUAUUUCAUUAGUUUUGUAUAUAAGAGUACAUAGAGAGUAUAAAUAUAAUUAUAUUGAUUUCUAUCAGUACUUGGACAUAUGUUCACUUCAACCAUUCAUAAAAUUAUUUUAGAAGUUUCCAUCUACAGAUGAUAUUAUAUAUUUAUAUUGAAUUUUGUUCCGAAAUUUGUUAGUAUUAUAGUUUCUUAGAUUUCGAUUUGUUGUUUGACUCUAAUUUUAUACUGUAAGUUUGUAAAUAUUGAUGAGAAAUUCCAUAUCCUUGUUUCUUUUGCUUUAUUUAUUCAAUAUUUUUUAAGAUUGUAUGUAUUGGAUUGUUCAAAUGUAAAUACAAUUCACUUUUUGAAA